GGCUUUUGAUGUUCUUGUGAGGCUCGACCUUUCUUGUGCCACAAGUGAACCUGAGGUGUUCCCCGGUCUUAGCAGAAGAUUUCCCACUUCGACUCGGUCUUCUGGCACGAUGAGCGACAGCAGGACGAGCGCCGUGCCGCCUCAGGCGUUCAAACGGGCCGCGAGGAAGAUCAAAUGUGCCGCCAUGGUGACCAGCCUGGCCAGGAGCUGGCAGGGCUGGGCCACUGAACACGCAGACAAGCAGGACUCCAUCCCCACCGGCUGGAUCCCUUUGUCCGUGGACCAGGGGGAUAAAAAAGAGCGCACCCAUGUGGUCAAACUAAAUAUUACGCCCCGUGUGGUGGCUGUAGAUGCGAGCAACACCGCUAGUGCCAUCAGAACCGGCUCGGUGACCAAGACGGUGCAGCCCAAACGCAGCGAGUGCAGCGGCGGCAAUGUGAUCAGUGCCAUCCGGGGACUGAUGGAGUCCGGACCCGAGAAAAGCAAGCCGUUCUUCGGCAACGAGUCGCCGACGCGGCGCCGCCACAUGAGGGCGCUGCACGGCGCCGGAGGAGGCGUCAUCCAUGACAGGAAGUUGAUGCUGCAGGACAGGAAGUCGGGCUCCAGGAGCAGCAGCCUGGACACGGAGGACAGCGGGCUGGGGGACGAAAUGGCGCUCGACGACAACGGCAGCGACACGAAAACAGAAACGACUGACGUCGGCCUGAAAAAAACAGCCAGCAGGCCUAAGAUGAAGAUUUCCGCCACAGGCAACAUCAAGAGCCGUUGGCAGCAGUGGUCUGAGCAGCACGCGGAGGGCCAGAAGCUCAACCCGUUCAGCGAGGACUUUGACCAGGACUACGCCAUGAGCCUGCGACUGCGUAAGGGCGACAGCGGCUACGGGCGCCCCAAAGAGGGCUCCAAGACGGCCGAGCGAGGCGACCGGGCCCACAGGCACAUCCACAGGGAGAUGGAGGAGAUGGUGUGGAUCAUCAGAGAAAUGGGCCUCGAGGACAGAGACGGCCGGGCGGCGGUCACCUUCGGACGCCUCUUCGACCGAUACGUAAAGAUCUCGGACAAGGUGGUGGGCAUCUUGCUGCGCUGCCGCAAACACAAGAUGGUGCACUUUGAGGGAGAGAUGCUGUGGAAAGGACAGGACGACCACGUCGUCAUCACGCUGACGGACUGACCCUUAACCUUCUCAGUGGACCAUGGGAAACUUUAGCUAGUUUACCUCUGAGGUCUUGUUGUUUGACCAAAAAAACCUCAGUCAUGCUUAGACAAAUCUCAUGAGACUUGACUAUCACCAAAGACUUGAUCAACCUUAACACCAUGUUAGGGUUAGUCUGGAUAGGACUUGGUUAGGAUGUUUUGAGGUAAAGCAAGAUUACACACUAAAAAAUGCUGGGUUAUUUUGAUAACCCAAUUUAUGAGUUGCUAGUGUUGGGUUAAAUUUUGGAGUAAUUUUUAUGAAGAGCAAUCCUUUUGGUGGGCUAUAAGGGUAUUAUUUUAACUCAAUAUCUGGGUUUUCAAAAUUUUUAACCAUUUUUGGGUUGUUUUUCAAUGAGUAACAUAUUUUUGGGUAAAAAGGCUUUUUUUUUUUUUUUAUAAAAAGUCCCCUUUUUUCUUGGAGGGAAUUUUAUUAUGGAUUAAUCUCAUUGACAUUAUUAACAAUCACACAUUGUAUGUACAUGGAAAUAUUUGAGCAUGCUGUAUAGGACUACUAUGACCAUACACGGCAAUUCUUGUAGAAAAAUGUCACUCAUAUUUUGCUUUUGAGUAUAUUUUAAUGGAAU